AGCGAACGGGCCGAACAUACGUUCACCAGGUGGCGACUGCGUCCAAGAGUCACCGUGAUCAGGUUGAUCAGGCGACUCGUAGGUACGUUGAAAGGUUGCGAGUCUGUCGUGUAUCGUUCUGCCACAUGUUGAUUAGUUGAAAACAAGGAGAGGUAGAAACGUGCAUCUUCACGGAUUCUUCGCCGCCACACUUGGCUUGGCACACGUCGUUCUCAGACCGUCAUAGUUUGCACUUUACACUUCACGGUCGUCGGUACGUUCUUUUUCUCUCUCUCUCUUUCUCUCUCUCUCUCUGUCUCUCCCCUUCGCUCCUUCCUUCUCUCUCUCUCUCUCUCUCUCUCUCCCCCCCUCCCUCCCUCCCUCCCUUCCAUAGACUAAAGUAAAGUAAAGCCCCGUUGGUGCCCGUUGACCGAGAGCUGUAACCGUAGCAUGCAACUUUCCGUAUUGAUACUCUAUCGUCGAAGAGCAGCCGUCGCGUAGAGCGUUACGUCACAAGUACGGUCGUUGACAAUUGUCGAGACACGAGCGUGGUACUUGUUUAAAGCGAGCUUUCGCGCUGACGCCUCGCGCCUUCCGUCGCGCACUUACACCCCCGUCAAGCCGUCAGCGUAUGUACAUACAUAUCGCGUACACGCGUCCUCCGUUUCGGGGCUGAGGGAUUAAGUAUCUUAGUGCUGUGAUCGUGACAGCAUUUCGUUCCUGUAUCGAGCCGCGGUUCAAACGCAAUUUUUCAGUUUGACGAGUUCGUCUUGUGCGUUGUACGUUGGUUUGGUGCCCACUUUGUAUCGUUUUGCAUUUGAGCUCGUUUUAUUUCAAUAUAUAACCUAAAAGUCUUCGUGAAUGUUGAUAGUUGCCCCUUUUUCCUCUUUCUUCUCCUUAUCCUUUAUCUCGUCCUCGUAUUCAUUUUCGUUUUUAUUUUUAUCUUCACCCUCGUCCUUCUUUUUCUUCAUCUCGUCGCGUCAGUCGUCUCUGCAACAAGUCAAGCCGACGAACGUAAUAACGUUGCAUAAAGACAUUCGUACAUCCCGUACCCGUACCCGUCCACGGACAAGAAAACGGAUAUUUUCGACGUCAAGCAGUCAUCGGGAAAGUAGUCAAAAUUCCGGUCCCUACUAGGAAACAAGAGAGCCUCCAACAAACCGGCGGCAGAAAUCCAUCAGCGAUUGGCCAAGAACCAUCAAGCAAAAUGAACAAGAGGAAGAACCGUACGAAUAAUAACAGAUCUCCGCGAGCACGUGGACCACAAGAGAGGAAUGUCGCAGCGGAGGGGGUUUAUAACAAUGCUCAUUUUAUGCAUGCGGUUACUAGCCACGUUGGCAACACCGUACAGAUCCAAACUCAAAAUGGCUCGGUAUAUGAGGGCGUGUUUAGAACGUUUUCGAGUCAAUUUGACGUAGUGUUGGAAUUAGCUCAUCGUGUAGAGAGCUCCGGAAAGAUUUGCGUAGAUAGCGUAGUAGAGAAAUUAAUUUUUAAACCGCAAGACGUUGUUACUAUAUCUGCCAAGGAUGUUGAUUUAGAUUAUGCUAUAAGAGAUACUUUUCAAACGGACACAGCCAUUAGUAAGUUUAAUGGUUUGAUCGGCGAGAAGGAACUCGAACCCUGGGAUCCGCCGACUACCAUGAACGGAGCCGAUUUAGAAUUGGAUGGUGCUGCUAACGGUUGGGACGUCAACGAAAUGUUUCGUAAAAAUGAACAAGAAUACGGAGUUCAAACGACAUUUGAACCUUCUUUGGUCGGUUACACUCUACAACUACAACGUAAAGAUACAAAAGAUUACAAGGAACAAGAACAAAAAGCUGCUGAAAUAGCAAAUGAGAUCGAAUCUCAACCGAAUCAUAAAGCUAGAUUAGAACUGGAAAACGGCGAUGAGGAGGAAAGAUUUGCAGCUGUGACGAGACCCACCGAAGGAAAAUAUAUUCCACCGCCGUUGAAAAAGAAAAAUGGUAACACUAGCAAAUUGAUGAGAUCCAGCGAACCUCCGUCUUCGCCAGGAACCACAAGUAAUAAGAAUGUCUACAGUCAACCCCCUCCGUCCACGGUUACGGUGAAUGUCCCACAACCGAGCAUGUCAGUUGGAGUACAGCCUGCUCAUACCUCGGUACAACAUCCGGUAUCCUUAAAUAUGAGUAUGCCGCCCAAUGGAGUGGUUGUCACAUACAAUAAUCCACCACCGCCGUUUGUGCCUCCACCGACGACGCAGUCACAGCAAGUAAUCCAGCAGAAUCAAUCACAAUCUCAAGUUACUCCUUCGAUGCCGCAAGUCAGCUUCCCAUCGCAACAACAGACACCUCCGAAUAAAAUAAAUACAGAAAAACGUGAGCGGCCUGGUAGACAGGUUUAUCAAGCUGAUAAAGCGCCACCAGCGCCAUUUCCACAAUCAAACGUUGCAUCUUCUCAACAACAACAAUCUACGCAUCAGCAACAUACACCAUUGACGCAACAAAACUCUGUAGAAGGGCAAAUAGUUAUACAUAAAUCGGAUCAUAGAAAGGUUCCAACACCACGUGGAAGGGAAGAACAGCAUUCGGAACUGAGACAAUUCGCUGCAGAAUUUAAAUUAGCGGAAUCGCAGGGAUCUUCAGAUACCCCUCAAAUAUCCAGAAAACAGCAUCAACAUCAACAAGAUGUGCAUUCCGCUACCUCGAUGAAUCAGCCGCAUCACCAAGGUCCUCAUCAACAUACCAGUCCACAGCAGCAAUCACAGCAGCAGUCACCUUCACAACAGCAUACCAGUCCUCAUCAGCAACAUCAAACUGUACAAGAGGAACCAGUUACCAGUAAGCCUCCACCUGGUCCAUUAGUAAGAUCUACAAGUCCACCUCAGCAGCAGCAACAACAGCAACAGCAGCAGCAGCAACAACAACAACAACCACCACCACCACCACAACCAGCUCAAACUCCUCAGAAUACUUCGACAGUGCAACAAUCUCCAUCGGAACCCGCGGUUGAUAAGAUAACUACUGCUUUUAAGAAAUCUACUUUAAAUCCAAACGCUAAAGAAUUCAAUCCAAAUGCCAAACCAUUCACGCCGCGCUCACCUAGCACACCGACGCCUAGUCGGCCGCAUACACCGCAAACUCCUCAGUAUACAGGGGCGACUAUGCCCGCGACCGUUGUUAUGCCGGCAUAUGUAACGCCGACAGCUUUCAGUCAACCACCUACUCAACAAGUGGCAAGGUUCCGGAAGGUACCUAUGAUGCAGCAUCGUGCGCCAGACAUAGCGUCUCAGAUGCAAGUGGCUGCAGCAACGGGACAGCCGUUGUUGGCGCCAGCUAUACAUCCAUUCCAGGUGCCUUAUCCAGGACAACCGGCGUAUCAACAAAUGGUACGAAUGGUCCAGGCACCGCCGCCACCUCAUAUGGCCACUCCGUACCAUCAUCACCAUGACUCGCAAGGGCCGCAAGCCCCCGGCAUACAAUAUAUGGGCCCGCACACUCAUCCGCAUCCUCAUGUAGCUCAGCAGCCACCUAGCCAAACGCCGUCCCCAGCCAAUCCGAAUCAACCACAUACACCGGGCGCUUAUAAUCCACCUGGUACUCCACAGCCUACAUAUCCGCAACCUCCACCGCAAGGACACGCGCCGAGCUAUCCGAUUAUGUGCCCUAUAAUUCCAUCUCAUAUACCGUCAAUUCCACCACAACACAUGCAAUACCUGCCACCGCAGCCACCUCCGGGUGCGCAGCAGACUAUACCCGUCAUUUUACCGCACAAUCAGUAGCUGCAGCAUAAAUUAAAGGAAGAAAAGGAAGAGCGAUAGUAUUCUGAAAAGGUAGGAUAAGACUUUCAAAAUUGAGUUACUUUCAUGAUGGCGUGUCAAUUGUUGGAACUUUCUCGAAGAGCCGCUCGCUUUAAUUACGCAUUCUCGAUUUAUCGAUCGCUAAUCGAUAUAAAUUAUGUACUAAUCGAUAUAAAUAAGCAUCAAUCGUCAACUUUCUGCGUUGAUGAGCAGUUUGAAAUUAUAUAUAUCUCUCGCAUACACACUUACUACCGGUUACAAUGGGAGGGAAGAGAGGCCGAUUAUAUAUUUUCAGCCACGAAUCAAUGAUAUCCCGUAUGGUACUAUAAAUGAUGAUUCUAAAUAAUUGGAGAGAGAGAGAGAGAGAGCGUUGACCAUCUUGAAGGUAACUUGUUAUUUCAAAUGUAGGUCGACCGUUGAAUGACCUAUGGCCUGAAUGGUAUUAUCGAGUCCCGUAAAAAAUCUUCUUGAUUAUUUUAAUCAAGUUUUAAAAUUGUAAAAUGAUAGUUUAUCAUUGUGCAAUUUCGCAAAAUUCCACGAGUUGACUUUUAUCGGAUUAGCAUGUGUACCGGAGAAAGAUUUAAUGAUCUUUUUGGAUCGUGCAUUUUAUCGAGUAGUGCUCAAUGUGUGUGCAGAAAAUAUACGCCGCUCGCGUUUAAUAGACGUAUUUUAAAAAUUCAGCAGUUUUAAUUUUCUCAUACAUACAACAACAUAGCUUGCGUUACAUUGUAAUAUCAAGUAACAACUCGGUGGAAAAACAAGAUUGAUCACGCGCGCGAGCGAAUACUUUCUCCCUUUCCCUUUCUCUGGCUUUCCCCUCCCCCCUCCCCCAUUCAUUGUUUUUAAUCGAGACCGAUUAUUGAAAUUACACGAGAGAGAGAGAGAAUAAGGUAUAUGGAAGUGCACGUGGCAUAUUUCUCUGCCCGUGACUGCGCGUCGAUUCCAUUCAUUAAGGAAGAACUCGGAGAAAAGAGGAUAGGACGGUCACACUCUUUCGGAGUUAGAUUUGAAUGAAGCAAGCGAUAACUAACAAAACUGGAGUACGGUUUGCAGGGUAAAACGCUAGCGAGAUAUGCGAUUCUGCGAUUCUGCGAUUCUGCGAUUCUGCGAUUUGUUGAUAAUGAGUUUUGUUACGAGACGUUGAUACGCGCAGGAUUUCUUUGAACGCGAAAGAUUACAUCGAGUAUGCGAGAUACAACACAUUUGCAUACUGACAAAUCGUGCUAACGUUAACGGUGCGAACAGCAGACAUUCGAGAGGUAUAUAAUUUGCACGUUUUCACAGUCGAGUUUACUCGCCAAGUUUUAACAAUUGGUUUCAAUAGUAAACUCUACAUCUCGUAUUGCUACACCUACUGUUCGCCAAUGGUUCGGUACUUUCGAUUUGUUUCUCUUUCUUCUCGUUUCAUAACGAUACGCGAUAACAGACGCGAAAUCUAAUAACGAGAGAAGCACGUUGUUGCAGAAGCUUAAAAAAGAAAAAAAGAAAAAAAAAAGAGAAAAGCUCGAUAUUAUUAGCUUUGUCGGUAGCUUCAGAUUACUAAAGAUUGGCCUCUGCAUACGUAUGUAUGUAUGUACGUGUGCGAGAUGUAGGACAGAAAACGUGGCGAAGCUUCAUCAUUUCUUAUAUUCAACAGUUAUUACUUCAUCAUACGCGACGCGUGUCAUGAUACAUCCGUUAGUAAUUUUAGCCAUACUUGGCAGAGAUUUGUAAUUAGUGAAGUAAUGCGAUUUCUCGAAUGACGAAUUCUUCGCCCAAUUAUGUACCUCUUGUCGACGAGUGAAAACGUGCGAAUGCUUGAUACCAUGGACUUGGAAAUCUAUCUGAACGUAGCGUAUACUGCCAAUUAAGACAAGGGAUGAGAUUAGAUGUAAAAAGAACAUCGGCAUCGUAUCUCAUCAUUUGAACUACAUAUGCGUAAACUCUGCUAUGGCAGACUCUUUGUUCCGUUUGAAGAUGUGCGACACAGAAUAAAGAGGUUGCGCCGUACUCGCUCGAUCGAUUAGAUUUGAAAGGAUAACUUGAUAUUUGUCGCGUGAUCACGUGUAGAGUAAGAAGUAAGAAGUAAUAAGUAUGCGUAUGCGAUGUGUGAAAACAUUUUCGUUUGCGCGUGCCGUUGUACAGAUGCGUCGAAAUAAGGAGGGGGGCAGGAUAAAAAAAAUGGGAAGAGACUAGAACAAAACAGAUUGUUUUAUUCCGAGCUAGAUAUAUAUACACACACACACAUAUAUAUAUAUAUGUGUGUGUGUGUGUGUGUGUGUGUGUGUAUAUAUCAAACGAUCUAUAGGAACUUGAUGACACGAGACACUUGAUGUUGAGUCGAGUAGAAGGGUGCAAAAUAUAUCUGAUUUUUUCUUCCCUAAUCUCAAUCACUAAUCUCAGAUUCCCCUUGUAAAAGGCUCCGUUCAGAUGAAUUUUUCGUCCACGCUCGAUACCGAUUGGGAAAAGAAAGUUAAACAACUACGGCCUUAGACCUAAUCGUGUAUAUAAAU